UCUAGCUCAUCGCGAUUUUGGACAUUUCUACGGUAGCAGUUAUAUUGCAGCUCCCGAUGGAAGCCGGACACCAGGAUUAUCACGAACGAAGGACGGAGUUUUGAUUGCUGAAAUUGAUUUGAAUCUCUGCCGUCAGACAAAGGACAGCUGGGGCUUCAGGAUGACCAAUAGACUGGAUCUCUAUGCGAAAAGCUUCGAAAAAGCCGCUCACCCAGAUUACCAACCCGAUAUUCGCAAGGAAUGCUGA